AUGGCGGUGUACCGCGGGCAGUACUGGGCGCUGCUGGAGGAGCUGCGCGCCAAGUACCGCCGAUUCUGCAUGCGCACGGGGGAGAGCGGAUGGAAAGAGCCCGCGCCCGCAGCAGGCGCGCAUCCUUCCGCCACAGGCGGAACAGGCGGACCGGGAGAGGGCAGCGACUUCCCCUUUCCGCCUGCUUCGCGCCCCCACGCGCUUCUUCCGCCCCCGCCGCCCCCCCUUGCCCCUCCUUUCCCGAGAGACACGAGUCUUAGGGCAGCAGCUGGGGGAAGCGGGGUAGAGGGUAGCGGAGCAGGGGGGGACCGCGGAUCAGAUGGGGAGGGCGGAGCAGCAGGGGGGAUCGGGGUAGCGGGGCUGGGCGGAGCAGCAAGGCCGGAGCCGCACGCGCCUGACAAACCAGCGAAUGCCACGUUGCACUGCGCGGCGCCUGGGCCAUGCCUGGCGAAACCCCUGGCGUUAUCCGUCUUCUGGGCUCCAAUAGCGGGGCGCACCUGCCCUGCGGCCCCCCCGCCUUCCUUUCCCCCGUCCACACCUGCUUACACCAUCCCACAUCCCCCCCUUCCUCUCCCCCCCCAUUCUCCCCCUCCCUCUGCUGUUCCCCCAGGGGCUCUAAUAACGGGGCGCACCUGCCCUGUGGGCGCCCUGCCUUUUCCGCCUUCUCCCCCGUCCUCUGCGCCCACCACCGCCACCUCAUCCCGCCAGCUCAGCAGCCCUUCCCACCACGUCACCGGGGGUAUCUGGAACCCGUUAUAG